AUGGAAGAGGAAAAUGCCAGGGCGGUGGCAAAGGUGAACGAGAUCCGAGAGCGAAUGUUGGAGGCCGAAGGUCGCUGCAACCUUCUUGACAUUGCCAAGACUGAUCUUUCCGAGAAGCUGAAGAUCGGGAAGAACUUGUACCUCGAGGCAUGUGACAAGAUUACCUCGCUGGAAGCUGAAGUUAAGCAAAGCGAGGAAUGGUGCAAGAUCGCUGCUGAGAAACGGGACGAGGAGCUCGCAGCAGCAAAAAAAGAUGAAAGGAUGAGGCUCCGUGAACUCUAUAGCGGACUCGCCUCGAAGCAUGAGACCUACUACAAGGCCAUCAGUGAUAACGAGAUGAUUGGGACGCGUCUUGCCGAGACUCGGGCGAACCGAGAACUUCUUGAGGAGAUUCUGAAGGGAGAGAUUCCGGAUAUAAAAGCCGAACUAGAGUCGGUAAAGAAAGACGAGGAAGGGGCUUAG